AUGAAAGAUAUAGUAGAACAGUUUCUUACCUAUAUGGAGCACCAUCAUGACAUAUGGGCGCAAUCGUGUAAUAAUGCAGGAUGGUUGAAGCACAAGUUCACACGUUUGCAUAAUGAGGACGACAAAGUUGUAUGCAAAAUGAUGGUGCCCGCAUUAUAUUUCAUGAAUGGCUGGGGGACGAGUGCAGAAGGGGGAUACGAUGCUUCGGCAGUAGGAGACCAAUUACACACAUAUAUACGGUGCAUAAUUGCGAAUGUAAUUAUGUUCCAGUUGAUAAGAGCAAACUGUGGAAGAACUAUAGGCAUCAAACAGGCAUUGCACAUAUUAGAACAGUUUAUGAGCAGUUUUAAAAAUGGUGUUAAUGUUAAGACGUGCACCUGGGUGGUCGAGAAUGAACUGAGCAUAGGAGGAAAAGUAAUAGGCGCACAAUUUGAUGACUGGAUAAUGGGGAAUGACAAAAUGAAGGCAAAGAUGAAACAGUUACAGCGAUCUGGAAAAUGCACACGAAGGGUAAACAGUGAAGCAUCACGCGGGCACCAGAGAUCUGACCACUGGAAGCAACGUAUGGAAUUAUUGAAAGCAGGACACGUGCGGGACGCAAUGGCGACAGGAAUGACGCGUAUAUUAAAGAAAGUAGGGAAGAAAGUAGAGCCAAUAUGGGGGCACGUUCCUGCCGACGACGACGAUAAGGACCACGAGGAUGAUGAUGAGGACCCGGAGGAGGAGCACGCGAAGGGUAAACCCACUGCAGGACCAAAACUCGAGGAUACCGCAGGAGGCAGGUCAUUGCCGCCAUCGCAACCACAAGCACCGGCAUCUCCAGUAUUACCAGCAAGACCACCGGCAGGACCACCUCCGCCUCCUCCACCUCCUACACCCGUGGACAAUGCAGAAGCAGGAUCAAAGGGAGCAAAAGGAGCAAAGGGUGAUGGAGCACCAGCCGCACCAAAGGGGGGAACAGACUUAGGUAAAGGAGGAGCAGAUCUGAGUCCAACAAAGGAAGAAAAAAAAGUUACACCAAAGGAUGACAAAGGUGAGGAGAAGUGUCCUUAUGACAAGAACAACGCAGUAUCUGUUCUUUCAGAUCCUAUGGGAGGGUCCCGUGCUAUUGUAUCAGCUGGUACUCACUCUUAUCCAGGGGAGCCUGACUGUGAAACAUGGAAGCUGCUGAAGGAAAAGGAUAGAGCCACAUCUUCCACAGGUACCUGCGAGAGUCCAAUGAGGGGUACCGGGAACAGCUCCUGCGGAGGCGAUGCCUUCGCCGACGGCGGCAACGAUGACCCCCCUUCUCUCAAUCCACCCAAACCAAAACCCAACCCGAACCCAGAUCAAUCGGGUAGUAGUGGCAGUUUCAGUGAUGCGGAUUUGGCGCAUGGAGUUUCUGGUGGGGAAGGAAAACAAGGUGGGGAUGGUACUACCCAAGGCAGUGGAGGAGGUCAAUCCUCUGGUAAUGGUUCCACUGGUCACCAAACCCCAGGUUCUUCAGGGCCGGGUUCUACUGGUACUGCUUCCACGGGGGCCGAAAACCCUGGUUCCUCCGGUACUGGUUCUACCGCAACCCAAACUCCUUCCUGCCCUGAUAAUGGUUCCAGUACUACCAACUCUGUGACUACUCAGAUUACAUCCACCCCCCAGAAUGAUCCCCCUGCACAGCACACACCCGAAGAGAUCGUAGCUGCUGCCGGACUAACCUGGGAUGACCUUAUCCCGUACACCCCCGCGAUCAUUCCCGCGGUUGUUGGUAUUGCGGUGAUUGCCUUUUUCCUCUGGAAGUACUUUGCCUAUCUCGCCAAACGACGACGAACGUAUCGAACCGUUCGUGACGUUCCGUCACCGCCACUCGACGAAGUAAUACUGGAGCACCUGCAACGCGGCGCACCACCAGGACCAGGAAUACCGUCAGUACCCGGUGCAUCGGGGUGGCAGCAUCCACCAGCAACAACCAGUUCCGGUGAGCACGCUGAUGAUAAUCUUGUUCAUGUGAAACUUGCAGACAGUAAGGGCACUGUGAGUAUAGUCACGAGCUCCUUGUACAACAGCGGUCCACCUUCCACAGAUGUUAUCGAGAACUAUGAAGCAAACGACAAUGAACCUACACACGCGCCCGGCCGCACAGAUAAGGAUGUUACACAGGGUACAAAUAGAGGGGAUCAGACGGAAUCAGUAGCAGUAACAUCAACAGGGGAGCCUGAACCUGCACCAUUACCAGCUAUGCCUUCUACUAAGCCAAGUGUACAACCUGCGCACAAAUCAGAUGCAGGGGAGGAUAGUAAAUCCACGGACACAGAAGCCAAGACGACCCAUGACGCCGUGCAGGCGCAUCUUUUUCCAAAUGGCGAAAACGUUUACACCUCAAAGCAUUUUCACUUGGUUCUACUAUUAACGGUGGAAUCCACUGGUGAGUUGUGCCUGGGAGUUAUUUGCACACUGCCAUAA